UUUCGGGGUAUGUUUUUAUUUUUUCAAAGGCGAUAGACGAUUGCUGAGCAGGUGAAACACUGGCCGAGUCGGUUGUCAUUAGCAACCAGGAAACACGGCAAAGCAGGCGAAAUAUUAUUCAUUACUGUAUUUCUGUUUGGACUAAAAAUAUAAUUAUGGAGAACGCUUCACCCAAGAAGACGGUGAGGAAGAAACGCAAGACACAUACCACUAGAGGCUAUCGAAAAAGGGAGCAGGAGGUGCAGAAUUUGCUGAGGGAGGCGGAAGGCAACUCACCUGGUCAAGCAAUCGGCUUGGAGGCACUUAGCGAGCAGUUCUUCCAUGGAAACGAGUUUGAGGUUCCGCAGGAGAAGGUCUCCCCGGUGCACGAAGGCCUUGGGAGGAAGACCGAUGAAGAUUCUGGCGGGGAACUGGCUGCAGAACCAUCGGAGUCGCCCUCUCGGACAUUUAUACAAAUCGAUCUGGAGGAUCCACCGGUGGUCUGGAAUCAGCCCUUUAAGCAGCGGCACUACUACGAUGAGAGUUUGCUGUACCGACCGAGCAAUACCCUGCACUUUCAAUUGUAUGUGGGUGACACUAAGUUGAAGGAUUCACAUAUCCGUAUGUUGAAUCGCUACCAGGAACAGGCUAAGAGCCAAUCCACAAAACUGAGCUGUGAUUUGGUGGCCCAGCUAUGUAAGGAGAACCCCCCAAGGUUCCUGGUGGAUGACACCCUCUAUCGAACUGUUUGCCACAAGGAUUUCCAAAGCGUGUUCUUUGGCCCCAUGAAUCCGGAUGAGUUCCAGGGCUUGCCCAACAGACGUUGUCUAAAAUUAAGCCUAAAGCAGCUUCGUUUCAGCAUGCAUCCGCAGCUUUUGAAGGAGCACCAACUGGCCCAGCAAUUGGAGGAUCUUUUCGAUGUUUACUGUCAUCAAAAGAGACUAAAGAUCUGUAAGAAACUAAGGGAGGAACUAGAGAUUGCACGGCAGGUGGCUCUUAAACUGCUCGCCUCAGCUGGCGAGGAUCAGACGGCCGAGGUGAAGCGCCAAUUCAAGCUCACCCGGCAGCUGAGGCAACGCUACUACUCAGAGUCGGCUGCCCAGCGUAAUCUUCUGCAGCGUUUGCUGGGAGAGUGGGCCAAGCUAAAGGAACUGCGCCGGCAGCAGCGCUUCCAAUGCAGUCGUUUCCAGCUGGGUCUUCGAGUGGUCCAUCCACCCGACCUGGAGGCCUCCUAUUCCGCGUGGAAGGAGAGCUUUGAAACGGAUUUGGCCGAGGUUUAUCGCGAGCACCUGGAGAUCUUUUACACCCGACUGCGCCUCUGGAGCGAGCAAAACUCGAGGAGCCGCAAGUCUCCUGGCCACUCGAAGCCUCCAAGGAAACCCCAAUUCGAUCGGGUAAUGGCCAGCCUGAGGAAGGACUACGACAAGGCCUUUAAGGACCCAGAGGAACCUUUUGUGGAGGUCUUCCGCCUCCAUGCGGAUGAAGCGGCUGCCAGGUUGUCCAUUCCAGGCGGAGAUCAGGUGCCUAGGGCGCGCAACUACUUCCUCAAGAUCUUCCUGGACGGUCAGUUUGUGGGGCAGAGCAGGAGCUAUCGCCUGGAGCCGGAUCUGCUGAUAACCAUCAACGAGUGUAUUGGAGUGCUGCUGGAUAGGACCCUGCCGGAGAAGCUUAACAUAUGGCUCUAUGAGAAGUCCACAUUGACACCAAAUAGUCGCCGUUUGGCCCAGAUGAGCACAGCGCUCUUGUUGAGUUCCAAGGAGGAUGCAGUACAGGAGAAGCUUAGUUUCCAGACUUCCUCCUCCUCCAACCAGUUGGCAGGUGAUGUUUACCUAUACUAUGAGUACCGAACCGCGGAUGGAAGAGAAGGUUCCCUCCAACUGGACGAUGUACAGAGACUUCCGGAUGCACUGCGUCAGACUUUAUUGCCGAAAAGACUCCCCGCUUUGCCAGAAGCCUCAAAAGAACUGGUCGCUCCAAGACCGCCUAGUGGAAGGAUCAAGAAGAGCACCCUGCCUCCACUGAUCUUCGCUGAACAGCAGCUCCAAUUCUGUGGCAUUGAAGAGCUUCUGGAAAAUCGACGUUUCCAGUUACUUUACUCCCGUCACCAGCAGAAGAAUAUGCACACCAAGCAGCUGCGCUUUGUGCCUGCCCUGGAGCAGGAAAUCUCGGAGGAGGAGCAGCUGCCGGGUGGCCUGGGUACCACUCAGCUCCUGGAACCGGGCACCUACUGGAACCCCAUCGAUCUGCACAAGCAUCGCGGAAGGAAGUUCCUCCAGCUAUUGUACGAGGUGAUCAGCAGCCACAGUGCCAGGAGGGCCAAGGCCAUGCACACACCUCUGCCGCUGCUCCUCCUUGCCGAGGAUGCGGAUCACUCAGCCGCCACCGGUUGGACGGCUCUUUGGCGGGCUAUCUGCUCCGUUUUCCAGGGGCAGCCCACUACCCUGCCCAGGGAACCGCCCGUUUGGUCGGGCCAGAUGUCCGGCCCAGAUCUGUUCAAGGUCUUCAGCGUUUCCCUCCACGUGGUGAGGGCCACGGGGGUGCCAGUGCGCAGUCGCCACAUCCUGAAUCUCAACGAGCGGCGCACCAGCUCUGGAGGCGAUAUGAGCACCAGUCUGUUCGUCACACAGACUCUCAUGUACUCCAAUGUGCGACCCUUUGUGACCCUGAGCUAUGGACAGCGUUUGUGCCGGAGUCGCACCGCCGAGGGCAGCAAUCCCACCUGGAACGAGCAGCUGCAGCUGCAGAUCCACACCCAGUUCGGCGAUCUUCGCGAGGACCUCAAGAUCAGUCUGUUCGACGAACUAAUAGAGCAGCAGUACAGCGAUGAGGCAUCUGAUGUGUAUCAGCGUGUUCAGUGCAACUGGUUGGGGGAAUUCCGGGUGCCUAUCAAUAGUCUUCUAGCCAGUCGGAAGUUUGAGGGCUGCAUCGAGAUGGCUAUGCCCAAAGUCUUGGUGGGCUACAAGCGACCUUUGAUAGACUCGGUGACCAACAUGUCAACGGAUCAGUAUCCCGAGUUCAAGGAGGCAGUGCACCUGUGGUUCUACCUGAGCAUCGAGCCCGGUGGUGGAGACCUUCUGCCCCUGCAAUCGAGUGCCUUGGCCUGUGCCGAGAAGCCGGAAAUGAUGCAGUAUCUCAGCGAGAGGAGAUUGGAACUCCUGCAGCUGUUGCCCCAGCCACAGCGCUAUGUGGAACCUCUGGUGUGCACGGCCCAGGGCAAGAGGGUGUGCCUCACGAGACUUCUGGAUGCAGUGCCCCUUCCGCCAGCGGCGGCCUCUGGAGAAAAUCCCCUGGAGAGCUCAUGUCGCUUUGUGUCGCUUCUCAGCCAGUUCCGCAGCUAUGAUCCCUGCCAGGGAUUCCGCGGCGUUUGGCUGGACAAUCAGGCGCUGCUGGACAGCACUUGGUGUUCGGUCAAGGAUCUGGGGGUCCUGCUCUGCAACUACCUGCUUUCCUUGGGCCUGGAAUGCUGGCUGAUCCUGGGCGUGGCCUGUCCCCAUGGCGAGUGCUCCUUUGUCCUCUUCCGCCAGCCGGAGACUGCCGAGCUCUUCCUUGUGUCCCCCUCGAGUGGCAAAAGAUAUCAAUUGCAGGAUGUGCAUUGUCCACUGAGGCGAAUAUUUUGUAUAGUGGGUAAACAGAAUAUCCAUUUCAAUAUUCAGACGGAAACCCGUGUCAGCAUGACCAAUUUUAAUCUUCACGAUGGCGCCUGCUGGUUUCCGCUUUUCAGCCGACGAGUUCCUGCCCCCCAUAGUGGGGUCCAGAAGUUGGACUAUCUGUACAAGAGGAGCUACGAUCUCAGCCAGUUGCAGAAGGACAUUGAGCGAAAGGUCAUGAAGAAGAUCAGUGCCUGGCGCACCACUCGGAAAACCAUCUGGAAUCGAGCCUUUCAACCGCGUCUCCAGAAAAUCCUCAUCGAUAUGGAAAACCUUUCCACUUUUUCCAGAGGCCGCUAUGAUGAGCCAGUCUACAGCGAGCACCUGGAACGAGAGUUUCCAAACUACAGACUCUACGGCUUCACCCUCAACUUUGCCUACACCAAUCUGGCGGCGAUAUCAGAGCGCAUCCGGACCACCUGCAUCCACUACAACCACGACGCCUCGGUGGAGUUCUGUGUGGCGGUUCACCUGCACGCCCACGCCAACGACGUGCUGUCCGUGUGGCUCUUUCUGCUCUCCGUGGUGCCACUGGUGGUGUGAUUCACCAAUCACGCAUCCAACCGCAAAUGCCAGAGGCAAUCCCCAUGCCAUUGGGGAUUCGGGGUCGCUAUCAGUUCAGUUUACAAGUGCAAGCGUAGCCGCAUGGUCUGAUUUUUAUCGCAACGCCCAACUGUCGACCGAAGAGACCGAAAUGAAAUCUAUUUAAUUUGGUUUACAGCCCGAAAAAUGUAUAUAUAUAUGUAUUUAUAGAAAAAAAAA